GGUUUAGCCAUCUUACAGAGAAUCCAAGUCCCACCCACCACUGCCUUUUCUCUCUCCUCAUAUCUCUAUCUCUCUCUCUCUAUCAAGACAACAACUUCAAAAAGUCCAUCAGUCCUGUCCAGCCAUAUUCCAGUGCAGAGUUAGCUUGUAAAGAAAACUAUAUAUAUAUAUAUUUCUUUAAUUAUUAUUAUAUUUAUCACAUUGACAUUUUUCAAGAAACACACACUAUCUAUAAACCUUUCCAGAGUAUUAUAUUUUAGUUUCUUUUUCGUUUUUUUUUUAAUUUCUUUUUCGCCAAUGUUCUGCUUUUUUACAAAUGCUUUUCCCAAUGUGGGGAUUUGGGGUCGCUGGUUUCUUCUAACGGGGUUUACAUUCGGUGCUCCAACCCUCAAUUUUUAGGGCAAAAGUUUCUUUUUCUCAGGCAUUGUGUUUUAAGGUUGAAUCUUGAGGUGGGAUUUUGUGUAUCUCAACUCAAAUUUUGGGCAACAAAAAGCUGGAUUUUUUCCAGCUGUUUUAUGGGCAUUGAGAGCUAAAUCUUGAGUGGGUUUUUAAGUGUGAUUGCAAGAUUUGUUCAUUUUUCUGCAAAGAAUUUUGUUUGCUGUUUGGAACUGAACCAAGAAGUGUGGCUUUCCGAAGCAAUCCCCAGUUGGGUUUCUUCAUUGAGGAGGGAUUGAGUACUAAGGUGGAUAAUUUGGGGUAUUUCUUGUGGAGUUUUUCUUAGUGGGAAUGGCGAUGAAUACAGGAGGGAGGCUUGUUGCUGGUUCUCACAAUAGAAAUGAGUUUGUGCUUAUUAAUGCUGAUGAAAUUGGAAGGAUCAAGUCCGUACAUGAACUAAGUGGGCAGACGUGCCAAAUCUGCGGGGAUGAAGUGGAGAUAACUGUAGAUGGGGAACUCUUUGUUGCGUGCAAUGAAUGUGCUUUCCCUGUCUGUAGAACUUGCUAUGAGUAUGAGAGGAAAGAGGGCACUCAGUGCUGUCCUCAGUGCAAAACCAGAUACAAACGCAUCAAAGGUAGCCCUAGAGUUGAGGGUGAUGAGGACGAAGAUGAUGUUGAUGAUUUGGAACAUGAGUUUGAUUAUGGGGACAUUGAGGCUUCAGGCUUCACACAAAGUGCAGGUGCUGUAACAUCUGGCCACGGUGGUUUGGCUGGAUCAGCAAAAACGUCAAAACAGGAUCCAUCUGCCCAGGGUCUUGAGAUCCCUCUUUUGACAUAUGGUGAAGAGGAUGCUGAGAUUGCGUAUAAUCAGAAUGCUAUCAUAGUACCCCCAUUUGCCAGUCAUGGGAAUGGAACUCAUCCAACUCCGCCUGGUACAACAGCACCUUUGCAUCCACGACCUAUGGUUCCGGAGAAAGACAUUGCAUUAUAUGGCUAUGGAAGUGUUGCAUGGAAGGAUCGUAUGGAGGAGUGGAAAAAGAGGCAAAAUGACAAACUUCAAGUGGUUAAACAUCAAGGGAAUAAUGAUGGUGGGGAAUUUGACGGGAGUGAGCUGGACACGGAUUUGCCUAUGAUGGAUGAGGGGAGGCAGCCACUGUCAAGGAAAUUACCCAUUGCUUCAAGCAAGAUAAACCCCUACAGAAUGAUAAUUUUGCUGCGACUUGUGGUUCUCGGAUUAUUUUUUCACUAUAGGAUUCUCAAUCCAGUUCCUGAUGCAUAUGGCUUGUGGAUGACAUCAGUUAUUUGUGAAAUAUGGUUUGCUGUAUCAUGGAUACUGGAUCAGUUUCCAAAGUGGUACCCAAUUGAGCGGGAGACAUACCUUGAUCGACUAUCGCUUAGGUAUGAAAAGGAAGGGAAGCCCUCAGAAUUAGCGGAUAUAGACGUCUUCGUCAGCACAGUCGAUCCCAUGAAAGAACCUCCACUGAUUACUGCAAACACAGUUCUCUCCAUCCUUGCAGUGGAUUAUCCAGUCGACAAAGUAGCAUGCUAUGUUUCAGAUGAUGGUGCAGCCAUGCUUACUUUUGAAGCACUUUCUGAGACAUCCGAAUUUGCUCGAAAAUGGGUUCCCUUCUGUAAGAAGUUUAACAUUGAACCACGAGCCCCAGAAUGGUACUUUUCCCAGAAGAUGGACUAUUUGAAAAACAAAGUACAUCCUGCAUUUGUGAGAGAAAGGCGUGAAAUGAAGAGAGAAUACGAGGAGUUCAAAGUUCGUAUCAAUCGUUUGGUGGCCAUGGCUGAAAAGGUUCCCGAGGAUGGUUGGACAAUGCAAGAUGGGACGCCCUGGCCUGGUAACAAUGUCAGGGACCAUCCUGGUAUGAUCCAGGUAUUCCUUGGUCAUGAUGGUGUUCGUGAUAUUGAAGGCAAUGAGCUGCCUCGGCUGGUUUAUGUUUCCCGUGAAAAAAGACCUGGCUUUGAGCAUCAUAAGAAAGCUGGUGCUAUGAAUGCGCUGAUUCGGGUUUCGGCUGUUUUGUCCAACGCUCCUUAUCUUCUGAAUGUUGACUGCGAUCACUACAUAAACAACAGCAAAGCUCUGAGAGAGGCUAUGUGUUUUAUGAUGGAUCCAACUUCAGGAAAGAAAGUAUGUUACGUGCAGUUUCCGCAAAGAUUUGAUGGGAUUGAUCGUCAUGAUAGAUAUUCCAACCGUAAUGUCGUAUUCUUUGAUAUCAACAUGAAGGGUUUGGAUGGUUUGCAAGGGCCUAUAUAUGUUGGAACUGGGUGUGUCUUCAGAAGGCAAGCACUGUAUGGAUAUGAUGCUCCCGCUAAGAAGAAACCACCCAGCAAGACGUGCAACUGCUGGCCAAAAUGGUGCUGUUUGUGUUGUGGUUCUAGAAAGAACAAGAGAAGCAAAACAAAGAAAGAUAAAAAGAAGUCAAAGCACAGAGAAGCAUCAAAGCAAAUACAUGCUCUUGAAACUAUAGAAGAAGGGAUUGAAGAAACAAAUAUUGUCGCUCGACCUCCUCUGUCCCAGGAGAAACUUGAGAAGAAGUUCGGGCAAUCACCAGUAUUUGUGUCCUCAACGUUGCUAGAAAAUGGUGGUAUUCCUAAGACUGUUAGUUCACCAUCCCUCUUAAAGGAGGCCAUUCAUGUUAUCAGCUGUGGUUAUGAAGAUAAAACCGAAUGGGGGAAGGAGGUUGGCUGGAUUUACGGCUCCGUCACAGAAGAUAUCCUGACGGGGUUCAAGAUGCAUUGUCAUGGCUGGCGUUCUGUUUACUGCAUGCCUAAGAGGCCUGCGUUUAAGGGAUCUGCUCCCAUCAAUCUUUCCGAUCGUCUUCACCAGGUUCUUCGAUGGGCUCUUGGAUCGGUCGAGAUUUUUCUGAGCAAACACUGCCCUAUUUGGUAUGGGUAUGGAGGUGGAUUGAAGUGGUUGGAACGAUUUUCCUAUAUAAACUCUGUUGUAUAUCCCUGGACUUCUCUUCCAUUGCUUGUCUACUGUACAUUACCAGCCAUCUGCCUUCUUACAGGGAAAUUUAUUGUCCCUGAGAUCAGUAAUUAUGCCAGCAUCAUAUUCAUGGCCCUCUUCAUCUCCAUUGCCGCAACCGGUGUCCUUGAAAUGCAAUGGGGCGGCGUUCCUAUCGACGACUGGUGGAGAAACGAGCAGUUCUGGGUUAUCGGAGGAGUUUCGUCUCACCUCUUUGCCCUCUUCCAAGGUUUGCUCAAGGUUUUGGCUGGUGUAAGCACAAAUUUCACCGUCACCUCAAAAGGAGGCGAUGAUGGAGAAUUUGCCGAGCUAUAUAUCUUCAAGUGGACAUCAUUGUUGAUCCCGCCCACGACUUUGUUGAUCAUAAACAUAGUCGGGGUCGUGGUCGGCAUUGCUGAUGCCGUGAAUAACGGGUACGAUUCUUGGGGGCCGUUGUUCGGUAAACUAUUCUUCGCCAUUUGGGUUAUCAUGCACCUCUACCCAUUCCUCAAGGGGUUGACAGGCAAACAAGACAGAGUUCCUACCGUAAUCGUGAUAUGGUCAAUUCUCCUUGCAUCAAUACUAACCCUCGUGUGGGUUCGGGUGAACCCGUUCAUUUCAAGAGAGGGGCCGAUACUGGAAAUUUGCGGGCUUAACUGUGAUGACUAAGGAGUCAUUCAGCAGCUCAAAUUACACUCUUCUGCAAAUCACAAGUUGUUGGAGUAGGAAUCUCCUUGUGCAGCCCAGACAUUCUGGAACGGUUUUGUCCGAUUCGAUUUGCCUAAGGUAGAAUAAAAGUGUUUGUGUUGAUCAAAAGUUGUGUAGAUAUGAGGAGGUGGGAACUGACUGAUUGAUAUUUGUUUUUGAGAUGGUUCCAUUGAUUCUUUUGUUGGAUAUACAUAUGUAUGUGGUUGUUGUCAUGGUGUCUAGUGUUUAUCAGGGGAUAUAUAUACUGUAAGUUAUGGCCCUCAAAGGGUUGAAAUAUGUAAACUGCAGAAAGGUCAUAUACUUGUUCAAUAUCAUUCUUUGUUCUCUCC